AUGUUGAGGAACAGUUCUGCCCCUGCCCCUCAUGAGAUCAAUACAGUCUGGGAGAAAGCCUUAUUUGUUAACAGCUAUGCAAAAGUGGGAAUCCCCGAUGGCAUCCGUGCUGGUUGUACUAUUUCCAACACUCCCCCUCAAGCAGUACGGAUGCUAACUGUGCAAAAGUGGGAAUCCCCGAUAGCAUCCGUGCUGGUUGUACUAUUUCCAACAUUAUUGGCCGAGGACCGCUCCGUUCCUGGUACAGAAGGAGCAUGGACUCAGCGAGUUAGGGAGGCUGCAGCUGGGAGUCCUCACGGCCCAAACCUGAAAUUCAUAGUUCUGCCUCAGGAUCACCAUUCGGUACAACCACUGUUAACGAAGAUAAUGCAAAACCGGUCAUCGGGUGUUACAGUAAAUCUUUCUGUUCUUCAAGUACCUGGACCUUUGAGCAAUUACUGCACAACAGUGAUAUGCUUUCCCAAGCAACAGUCAGAGGAAGCCGCUAGCAAGAUUGAAAAAUAUGAAUCCCUUAUCUGCCAGGGCACAGUGUUUCCUCCAGAAUCGUCUGGUGAGAAGGCUUUGGUUGAAGUAGCUCAGAAGGGCCCAGCACAAAUCAAGAGUUUCUUGGAGUUUCGGGUUACGGCUGUGAUCUGGCAGAAGUUGGGAGAGAUUGUGGCGGAACAAGCUGACUCUGCUUAUCCUGAUGUUAAUCUAAUUUUGAGCUUGCACACCACAUCAGGUAUCAUUGGCAGAGCUUUUGCAGUUACAGUGAGAAGGGGACAAGUUGUUUCAAGGCAACAGCUCUUGCAAACAUCAGUGGACAAAUUGAAGUCAAGCAGACUCAUGUUUGCACCCUGGGUGGCAGUCCAAGAUAGUGUCACAGCCACUGGAGGUAUUCUGGGCUGUUCAAAGCUUGCUUACUUCCUCACCACUGGCCCCAGCCGCUACAAGUAG